GCGUUGCCUGCGUGCGUGCGUUGCGGGAUAUCCUCUUGGUUGACGACAUUGAUGACAUUCUUUCCGUUUCUCUGUUGUUUCUUCCUUUCCAUUUUGCGAUGCUGCAUUUUCGGUGCUCGGAUGUAUUCACGGUGGUAAGGGUGGCAUGCUUUGGCAUCGACAACAGGAGUUUCGAAGUGGAUACAUCUGUGGCUUUUCACAACAAACAAACAAACACACAAGUCCGCCUGCCGGGCGCGGAUGCGCCGUAAUGUUUCUUUUGUCUCUUCUUACUAUAACAGUCAAUUUCGUCCUGACGGCGGUCGACUCAUCGUCUUACUCAUACGUCCAUUCAAUUACGCAACUGUCGAGUGCUGCCCAAAGCGACCAUGUCGAUGUUUCUCUUUGCAACAAUUCCCAUAUGCGACUAGAUUGUCUGUGCUCCCGGGUUGGCUCUGUCUGACAAUCGCUAACAUAUUGCUAUGUCUCAUUCGAUUCCCAUAAUUGACGAUCAAUUCGCCCAUAAGCGCCAGGACAUAUCGUCAGCCUCGUCGUCCGCCUUUCAUGCCCGCGUAACUUACCAUUGUAGGAACUACCAUCUAGUUAA